AUGGCGAGCUACAUGGGGAAGGACAAGGAGGCGGAGCGCGCGAAGCUGUUUAAGGCCGGCGUAGGUAGGGAUGAAGCCCGCCGCGGCCGCAGCGAGACACAGGUCCAGAUCCGCAAAGAAAAGAAGGAGGAGCGCCUCAACCAGCGGAGACGCAAGGGCGCCGCGGGGGACACGCUGGGAGCUUUCUCUUUCGCCACCAUCCCCGAAGGUGGCGCGCCGGCGGCGGGGACCAACGCCGUCGACACCCCGGCCCACAUGCGGCUCGACCAAUUGCCUCAACUCGUGAUCGGAGUGCAGAGCCUGGACCCGUCCGUUCAGCUAGACACGACUACGGCGUUCCGGAAGAUCCUUUCGAUAGAGCGCAACCCGCCGAUCCAAAACGUGAUUGACGCCGGCGUGGUGCCGAAGUUCGUGGAGUUCCUCCAGCGAGAUGACAACCCGGCUCUGCAGUUCGAGUCCGCCUGGGCGCUGACCAACAUUGCCAGCGGCACAAGCGACCACACCCGCGUGGUCAUCGAGAAGGGAGCCGUGCCGAUAUUCGUGCGCCUGCUGAUGAGCCCCAAUGAUGAUGUUCGCGAGCAGGCGGUGUGGGCGCUGGGCAACAUCGCGGGAGACUCCCCCGUGUGUCGCGACCUGGUUCUCCAGCAAGGCGCGAUGGGUCCCCUUCUCCAGCAGCUGACGGACCGAUCUAAGUUGUCGAUGCUUCGUAACGCGACCUGGACGCUGUCGAACUUCUGCCGCGGCAAGCCGCAGCCCAGCUUCGAGCACGUCCGCCCGGCUUUGCCCACCUUGGCACAGCUCAUCCACUCGGUCGACGAGGAGGUCCUGACGGACGCGUGCUGGGCCCUGAGCUACCUUUCGGACGGCCAGAACGACAAGAUCCAGGCCGUAAUUGAGGCCGGCGUCUGCCAGCGCCUGGUCGAGCUGCUCAUCCACACUUCCCCCGCCGUACAGACCCCCGCGCUGCGGACCGUCGGUAACAUCGUUACGGGCGAUGACCUUCAGACACAGGUCAUCAUCAACUUCAACGCGUUGCCGUGGCUGCUGAACCUGCUGAGCUCGUCUAAGAAGGGCAUCCGCAAGGAGGCUUGUUGGACCAUCUCCAACAUCACCGCCGGGAACAAGGAGCAGAUCCAGGCCGUCAUCGACGCGAACAUUAUCCCCCCGCUCAUCCAGCUACUGUCUAACGCGGAGUUCGACAUCCGUAAGGAAGCAGCGUGGGCAAUUUCGAACGCCACUAGUGGCGGCAAGCCGGAGCAGAUCAAGUACCUGGUUACGGAGGGCUGCAUCCCGCCCCUGUCGGACUUGCUUGAAGUCCAUGACGCUAAGAUCGUUACGGUAGCGCUCGAGGGUCUCGAGAACAUCCUCAAGACUGGCGACACGGAAGCGAAGGCGCAGGGGCAGGAGAUCAACCAGAUGGCCACGUACAUCAUGGAGUGCGGAGGGAUGGAACGUAUCGAACAGCUCCAGAUGCACGACAACAACAACAUCUACAACAAGGCCUUGAAGCUCCUCGAGCGGUAUUUCGGGGUUGAGGACGAGGAGGACAACGGCAUCGCACCCCUGGAGGCCGAGGGCGCCCAGCAGUUCGCCUUCGGGCAGCCGACACAAGCAGGGACUGACACCACCUUCGGCGCGCAGCCCAACCAGGGCGGCUUCAACUUCGGAUAAGCUCCGCGACGCAGCAGCUUCGGCUGCGGGUCUCCCCCAGA